GAGGAACUCUCUUAAAGGAUGUCGUACGAAGAACUAGCAUCACGCUCUCUCGAUUAUCUCAUCGUUGGUGGAGGUACCUCUGGCUUGGCCUUAGCAUCCCGGCUCUCCGAGAAUGGAGAUAUCACCGUUGCCGUCCUCGAAGCCGGAGAGCAUCAUGCGUCCGCUCCCGAGAUUGAUAUUCCAGGCUACAUCGGCCGCGCACUAGGCAAUCCCAAAUACGACUGGUCCUUUACUUGCGUUCCCCAACCCAAUGCAAAUAACAGAACCGUUCGUCAACCCAGAGGAAAGGGCCUUGGCGGGACGUCCCUGAUCAACUUCACAGGAAUGUUCCGCCCCUCCAAGGCCGAAGUGGACGCGUUAGAGAGCGUCCUUGGUAUUGAGGGAUGGAACUGGGACACGAUGCUGCACUACAUGAAAAAGAGCGAGACCCUUCAGCCUACAAAGCUAUCCCACGCCGAUGCUAUCAAGUUCGCUGCUGACCCGGACCCCAACAAUCACGGCACAAAUGGCCCCAUCAAGAAGUCAUUCAGCCCAACAUUCUACGAGCUCCACGCAGCAUUGUACGACACUGUGCAAACAUUCGGCGUUCCGCGCAACCCAGACACGGGAAGCGGUAAGAACGACGGAAGUGUCAUGUCAUUCCUGUCCAUCGACGCGACCACCGCCAAACGCUCUCACGCGGCCAACGCAUACCUCGAACCGAACCUGAGCCGCAAGAAUCUGCUGGUGCUUACAGGUGCGCAUGUAACAAAGGUGAUUCUCGAGCAAGAUGGACCCUUGCAGAAAGCCAUCGGCGUAGAAUUUGUCAAAGAUGGCACGACCAACCGCCUUGAGAACGUCCGCAGGGACGUCGUUCUCGCGGCAGGCUCGUUCCAGACCCCGCAACUCCUGGAGCUAUCCGGGAUCGGCAACCCUGACAUCCUCGCCCAGCACGGCAUCGACGUGAGAAUAGACCUCCCUGGGGUAGGAGAGAAUCUCCAGGACCACAUCGGGAUGACGACCAUGGCCGAACUCGACGUCGACGAGCCUACAUUGGACGACCUCGCGAAUCCAGAGUUUGCUAGAACCCAAGAGGAGCUGUACAAACAAGGCAAGGGGCUUUUCGCUACCAUCCCCGCCCAAGCAUUCGUCUUCCUCUCCGCGGACGCCCUCGGUUCCCCGGAGGACGUUGCGCAAUGGCGGGCGCACGCGGACACUCAUUGCACCAACACACUAGCCAAGGUCCUUCCGUCGCUGCGUUCCGGCCUCGAGAAGCAGUACGCUGUCCAUCGCCAACUGUUCGACGACAAGGAGCAGCCGCAGGCCGAACUGCUCAUGUUCACGGGCUAUCAGCGCAUGCUGACCGCGCCCCCGGCAAAGCCCGGCGCGCGCUAUCUCUCCCUCGUCUGCGCGCUCUCCCGCGCGCUCUCCCGCGGUACGGUGCACAUCGCGUCUGCUAACCCCCUGGCGCCCCCGCGCAUCGACCCGAACUACUUCGGGAACGAGGCCGACCUCGACCUCUACGUCCACGUCCUGCAGUACAUGCUCAAGGUCCUAGAGACCGAGCCGCUGAAGCGUUUCGUAAAGGAACAGAUAAUGCCGAGGCCGGAGACGUUGGCCAAGGGGAGGGAAGGACUCGUUGAGUACAUUAGGGAGAAUUGUCGACAGGUGUACCACCCGGUCGGAACGGCCGCAAUGAUGCUGCGCGAGGAUGGGGGCGUUGUGGACUCGAAGUUGACGGUGUAUGGGACGCGCAAUCUCCGUGUUGUCGACUUGUCCGUGCUGCCCAUGGAGUUCGUCUGUCACACGCAAUCGGUGGCGUACGCGAUCGGCGAGCAGGCAGCAGACAUACUGAAGUCUGAGCUGCUCGGAAGCCACAACUAAAUUCUUUGAGUAAGACAGUAUCUCGGGCCCCCACCCAUGCUCUUGACUUGUAUUAUUGAAGUGAUCGCUGUCUCAAUUUGUCUGGUUACAAAGCCCCACGAGCGUCCAACAAUCAGUGGGGCGAUCGUAGAUGCCACUGGUCUUCGUUUAGUGAGAGGCAAUCCCGUGGGCGUGAUCAGAAAUGGCAGGUUCGCAUCUGCCAUAGUUCCGAGCACAUAUACAUUAUGUAUGCCUUUCAUGAGGAAACGAGAGCGCGUAC